AAGAUUCAGCCAUACUUUAUGAGAUAUUUACCCUUUUUUUGGCACCACAAUCAUUCCUACCUCCCUCUACCUUUAUCUCAUCCUUUCUCAGGAGUUUGGAUUCACACUCCAACAAGGGAGGAAUUCCAAAUGAAACUGUUAUCCAGUGGUUUCCCCCAUCUUGUAUAGGAGACAGACCAACAUUGCAUGAGCAACUGGUUGCUUUGAUCCCAACACAAUAGCAGAAGGUUUAAACUCUCAAAAAUAUAACUUUCCUCAAGCUCUGCAACAAUAACCAUAGCCUUGAAGAAGAGAAUUUCAGGCUUUCUGUGGAGUCUCUCUCAUAUCCCCAUCACAAUCCACAGCACCUGAGUUUGAGCAUGGAUAACUCCUAUAACAACAACAACAACAAUAUGGAUACCAAUUUGGUGCAAGAUGUGAUUGAUGACCUUCCCUAUCAGCAAUCCAUGUGGGACCCUAAUGUUCAAGAAUUCCAAAAUAUGAACUAUGCUAAUCACUUGGAACACCAACCACAUGAACAACAAUUUCACCAAAUUGAGGCACAAAGCUACAACCCCUCUUCCAUAAUGGACCCUCCUUACCCUGCAAUAGAUCUCCACUUACCCACAUGCUCAGCUUCAUCUUUGCUCACCACUCCACCCAAUUUUCACAAUUCAAUGGGAUUUCUAGGAGACCUUCCAAUAGGAUCAGACAACACAAGUGCUGCAUCCUCAGUUUUGUGUGAUCCUUUGUUUCAUUUGAACCAAGUUCCUCCACCACCUACUGCCUUUAGAGAGCUGUUCCAGUCUCUCCCCCGCGGCUACAGCUUUCCGAUGAGCUCCCAGAACGGCUCUAUUUUCGGCGGAGAAGGCGAUGAGAUAGAUGGAGAUGGUGGUAGCCAGCUUGACAUGGGGGUGCUGGAAUUCAAUACUAUCAAUAGGGUCACAGCUUCUGUUGGCAAAGGAAGGGAAGGAAAAGGUACUGAGAAAGAAAGAAGAGAGCAAUUGAAUGGAAAAUACAAGAUCUUGAGGAGUCUUAUCCCAAGCCCCACCAAGAUUGAUAGAGCAUCUGUGGUGGGAGAUGCUAUUGACUACAUAAGGGAACUGAUUAGAACACUGAAUGAGCUCAAGAUAUUGGUGGAGAAGAAAAGGUGUGGGAGGGAGAGGUGCAAGAGGGCCAGAACUGAAGAUGAUGGUGCAGAGAGCUGUAACAUAAAGCCUUUUGGUGAUCCAGAUGGGCAUAUUAGGACCUCAUGGCUCCAGAGGAAAUCGAAAGAUAGCGAGGUUGAUGUCCGGAUUAUCGAUGACGAUGUUACAAUCAAACUCUCUCAGAGGAAGAAGAUUAACUGCCUUCUGUUUGCCUCCAAGGUUCUGGAUGAGCUUCAGUUGGAAAUUCAUCAUGUUGCAGGUGGACAUGUUGGUGAAUAUUGCAGUUUCUUGCUCAAUAGCAAGACAAUUGAAGGUUCAUCAGUCUAUGCAAGUGCCAUAGCCAACAGAAUGAUUGAUGUUCUGGACACUCAGUACUACGCAGCAGCAGUUCCACACUCAAGUAGCUAUUAGAGAUGGGAAGAUUAGUGUCAUGAUCAGGCACCAAAUGUCUCUAUUAAUUGAUAUUCACAUUAGAUUAACAUAAAACUAUAUCAUUAUGAUAAGGAAGAUUGUAAUAAGUUCAUAGGGAUACCAAGGAGACAAGCUCAACUGUUUCUGACUUUAUGGUUGAUAAUAUAGUUUCUUCAAUUCUGUUGCUAAGUUAUUGUCAGGAUUUUCGUUGUGAUACUAAAUUGUUUUUCCUUUUUUGGAUUA